UGGCACCGCCUCCCCCCGCCCCCCCCUCCGCGCUCCGCUGCUACCGCCGCCGCCGCCGUCUCCCCCGCGCCUCCAAGAUGCCCGGGCAGCGGCGGGGACGCUGCCGCAGCCCGCUGGUACCAGCCCACCUUCCCUGGUUUUUGAUGCUGAACCCAGAUCGUUUUGACUAAAGAUGGAAACACUGGAGUCAGAAUUGACCUGCCCAAUCUGCCUGGAGUUGUUUGAGGACCCCCUCUUGCUGCCGUGUGCCCACAGCCUCUGCUUCAGCUGCGCCCACCGCAUCCUGGUGUCCAGCUGCUCCUCCAGUGAGUCCAUCGAGCCCAUCUCUGCCUUCCAGUGCCCCACGUGCCGCUAUGUCAUCUCCCUCAACCACCGGGGCCUGGAGGGCCUCAAGAGGAAUGUGACCCUGCAGAACAUCAUUGACCGCUUCCAGAAGGCGUCCCUGAGCGGGCCGAACUCCCCUAGCGAGAGCCGCCGCGAGCGGACGUAUCGCAACAGCCCAACCAUGUCGGUGGCCGGCGAGAGGAUCGCGUGCCAGUUCUGCGAGCAGGACCCGCCGCGGGACGCGGUGAAGACCUGCAUCACCUGCGAGGUGUCCUACUGCGACCGCUGCCUGCGCGCCACACACCCCAACAAGAAGCCCUUCACCAGCCACCGGCUGGUGGAGCCCGUGCCCGACGCGCACUUCCGAGGGCUCACGUGCCUGGAGCACGAGAACGAGAAGGUGAACAUGUACUGUGUCGCUGACGACCAGCUCAUCUGUGCCUUAUGCAAACUGGUGGGCCGCCACCGGGACCACCAAGUGGCGUCCCUCAGCGAUCGCUUCGAGAAGCUGAAGCAAACCCUGGAGACGAAUCUCACCAACCUGGUGAAGCGCAACAGCGAACUGGAGAACCAGAUGGCCAAGCUCAUACAGAUCUGCCAGCAAGUGGAGGUGAACACAGCCAUGCAUGAGGCCAAGCUGAUGGAGGAGUGCGACGAGCUCAUGGAGAUCAUCCGCCAGCGCAAGCAGGUCAUUGCUGUCAAGAUCAAGGAGACGAAGGUGAUGAAGCUGCGGAAGCUGGCCCAGCAGGUCGCCAACUGCCGGCAGUGCCUGGAGCGCUCCACGGUCCUCAUCAACCAGGCAGAGCACAUCCUGAAGGAGAACGACCACGCACGGUUCCUGCAGACAGCCAGGAAUGUGGCCGAGAGGGUCGCCAUGGCAACCGCCUCCUCCCAAGUUCUGAUACCAGAUAUCAAUUUUAAUGAUGCCUUUGAAAACUUUGCUUUGGAUUUUUCCAGAGAGAAGAAGCUGCUGGAGGGGCUGGAUUACCUGACGGCACCGAACCCGCCGUCGGUGCGGGAGGAGCUCUGCACGGCCUCCCACGACACCAUCACUGUGCACUGGAUGUCAGAGGACGAGUUCAGCGUCAGCUCCUAUGAGCUGCAGUACACCAUCUUCACCGGCCAGGCCAACUUCAUCAGUCUCUACAACUCCAUGGACAGCUGGAUGAUCGUGCCCAACAUCAAGCAGAACCACUACACAGUCCACGGGCUCCAGAGCGGCACCCGCUAUAUCUUCCUCGUCAAGGCCAUCAACCAGGCGGGCAGCCGGAACAGCGAACCCGCCCGGCUCAAGACCAACAGUCAGCCUUUCAAGCUGGACCCCAAGAUGGCCCACAAGAAGUUGAAGAUCUCCAAUGAUGGGCUGCAGAUGGAGAAGGACGAGAGCUCCUUGAAGAAGAGCCACACGCCCGAGAGGUUCAGCGGGACAGGGUGUUACGGAGCGGCGGGAAACGUCUUCAUUGACAGCGGCUGCCACUACUGGGAGGUGGUGGUGGGAUCCUCGACCUGGUACGCCAUCGGCGUGGCAUACAAAUCAGCCCCCAAGAAUGAGUGGAUCGGGAAGAACUCUUCAUCGUGGGUCUUCUCCCGCUGCAACAACAACUUCGUGGUGAGGCACAACAACAAGGAGAUGCUGGUGGAGGUGCACCCGCAGAUGAAGCGCCUUGGCAUCCUCCUGGAUUACGACAACAACGCGCUCUCCUUCUACGACCCGGCCAACUCCCUGCACCUCCACACAUUUGAAGUCUCCUUCAUCCUGCCAGUGUGCCCGACCUUCACCAUCUGGAACAAGUCCCUGAUGAUCCUCUCGGGCCUGCCCGCCCCGGACUUCAUUGAUUACCCAGAGCAGCAGGAGUGUAACUGCAGGCCCCAGGAGUCCCCGUAUGUAUCAGGGGUGAAAGCCUGUCACUAGGCUGCCCUGCCCUGCCUGCGGCACCGGCGAUGCUGGUGAUGCCGGUGGUUGGAUCCUGCUCCCGCAGGCCAGCGCCUCCCACAUGCAGGUUGAUGAAUUCUUUUUAAGGGGAAAGAGGGAGAACCACUGACCACAACAAACCGAACUGCUGGUGGUGAGCUCCGCUUGCGCGCAAGUGCGGCUCCUCAGCAGCGUGCUCCGGCCUCUCCCCAGGCAGAUUGUCACCCAAUGGCUUCUCCUCUCCUGGGGGCUGGAAGAGCUGGGGUGGGUUGUCGGGAGAUGUUCUGAGGUGCUGCAGUGGUCAGGGGGGACAGCUCGAGUGUCUCGUGAGGUGCAGGUUGGAACAGGAGGGGUUUGCGUUCUUGAGCCCACUGGUAGCUUGUCUCAAGAGCCAGGUGGGACCCAAGCAUCGUUCUCCAGGGAGGACUUUCUGCUUGGCUGGAGUUUGGCAGCGUCUGUGGCACAGUGGUCAAUUGCAUGGCUCCCUCACACUUGGGGAGCAGUGGCGGUGGUGACAUGCUGGGUGGUGGUGACAUGCUGGAUGGUGGUAAUGCGCUGGAUGGUGGUAGCAUGGUGUAUGGUGGUGAUGUGGAGUCAGGGGGCCCCCCCUUUGGGAACAAGCUGAGAGCACCUCACCCCUGGCACAGAGGUUUGGCAGAUGCCCCUUCGCAGCGCAGGGUCUGACCCUGGCACGUGCUGCUCCACGUGAACCUCCGUGAGGUUCAUGUGAGGUGUCCCUGCAGAAGACACACAUCGCCCCAUGAUGAGUGGAUGGUCACAUCCUGCCCAGAGACCAUCUCUGUGCUCUGUGACCCCAAAUCUCAGUUUAUGACCCCGAAUCUUGUCUCUUGGUCUGUUCGCUGCCGUGAUGGCGUGAGUGUGGAGCCAUCCUGUUUGCUCUGUGGCAGAGGACUGAAUAUGCCCCAGGUGCUCCAGCCUCCCCUCAUUACUGGGAGCACUUUGGCUGCCAUCAGUGCUCCCAGUAACCACAAGCACCAAGUCCUGUGGCUGAGCUUCCAUUCCCACAUUUGUUUAAAAGCCAGGAGGAGCUGGGCUGGGCACACGGGGGCAAAGAGCCAGUGUGGGUACCUGCAGCCAGGGUCCAUGGUGUGAUUUGGGGUGUGUGAUGUCCAUGUUGCACCCGCAGCAGCAGAUGCCGGGGAGGAGGUCAGGCAGCACAGGCAGCCAGAGAAAGGCUGGUGCUUGAGCUUUGGUCUGUGGUGUUUGAAAACCCAGUUUUCUCCUCUGGAUAUGGCUGCCUCGGUGGCAGUGCAUGGGGAAACCAGUGGCAGUACAUGGGGACCCCAGUGGCGUUGCAUGGAGACCCCGGUGGCAGUGCAUGGGGACCGCCAGUCUGAGACCUCUGAGCUCUGCUGGUCUUUUCCUUCCUUUUCCCGGACCUGGUGGAUAGGGAUCUACCUCAGAGCACAGCCCCGGGGGGGAGGUCCAAGCUUGGAUGGGGCAGCAGCACUUGGGGGCUUGUCCCGCAUGGGCCAGGACAGGCUGGUUGAUGUGGCUGGAGCCAGUUGCCCCUGCCAGAAGCAGGUGCACCCACGGUGCCCUGGCUGGGGGGACACUUGGCACAAAGUCUGGUGGUGGCAGCGGCCAGGAGGUGGCUUUGUCCAGGGUCAGUGUGUGUGAAGAGCCUGUUUCCCGGCACAGCACCCGCCGCUGAUGGUUUUGGUGACAGGCUGCCUGACGCUGCAGGGAGGGAUCUGUGGGACGGGACCUGGCCCUGGCACUGCUGCGUUCCCUCUGACCCAGGCGCAUCCCUCCCGCAAGGAUGGAGCUGUUCCAUGUGCUUCCCAUGGAUGCAGCCGGGUCACAUCGCGCGCUCCCCACGGCUGAGCACACACAGAGUUCGUGGUAAGAGGAUAAGUUGCCCUUUUCAGUUGGAUGUUUUUCAGACACACGGGGCCAUUGUGCAAGCCCGUUCCCCGUGUGCCGGUCCCAUCCAGGGCUGCUCUUAACAUGGCAACCUCAAGCAUAUGCCCAAGCACUGGAGAUGGAUUUUAGCGUUUGCAGUCAGGUGCCGAGCUUGGCCCCGGCACCCUUCGACUGGCCGGUUGCUGGAGGACUUGGCGCACCCGGUAACUCAGAGCACACGAGCCAUUCAUGUGACAUUUGCACCUGAUGAAAUUGCACUAAUUGUGGUGGGGUCCCCGCUGCCCUUGCACAUGGCUCACGGGGGACGGAGCUGGGGGCUUGCACUGGGCAGGGGAUGGAGCAGGGGGCUCGCACCCUGGGCACACAGCUUUGGGGCUCGCCUGCGGUGUCCUCUCCAGGUCUUGGAGCCACAAAACCCACGCUGGUGUCACUGGGAGAGUGGGUGAGUGGCCCUGUCCCUGGUUCCCACUCUGAUGAUGCUCCCCAGGUGCUGCCCCCGGCCCAUGGGUGCCCAUGGUUCUGGUGCUGUGGCCCUGGGGUAUGAGUGAACCCAUUCCCCACAUGGGCACGGGUGGGGGCCUGGGGCUGCUGAGGGCUCCUCUGCUCCUGGUGACACCAUGGUGUGCACUUGGGCUGUGGUGAGCUCCUGGCUCCUGUCAGCCUCCCCUUUCCAUCUGCACCAUUCCUGUUCCGCUUUGGUUUGGGGGAGGGUUGUUCUUCUGUUACAGUUUUUCCCCUUUUCUGUUGGUUGUUUUUUUUUUUUUUUGCAACUUCUUUGUUAAUGUGUACAUAUAUAUAUAUAAAAUAUAAUAUAAUAUA